ACGUACAGUGCCCAUCUCUAAUAAUUAGGUAUAGGUUCAAAGCGGCUGAAGUUCUCUAAAACUGCAAUAUGGGGAGCUCUUGGUAUCAUGCUGCAAUCUCGAUAGCCACAAUUUGCAUCUUAGCGAUAAACGGCCAAGAGGAAUUCGGGGGCCGGCAAUGCGGAUGCCUUGAAGUACCGGUGAAUGGUCCUCCAAGAACGGAAAACUUCUGCCGAUGGAGAGUAACACCAAGCUCUUUACUGUACAAGAAAUGGGACUGCGUUUGCAGGCCGGGCAUGGUUCGAAAUGCGUGGGGCGACUGCAUCACCAACCAAGAGUGCAAGAGGUGCAAGUGCUUUUGGUACAAGGACUUUAACGUGUGCCGGCGCGAGUGCCCCUUGAAGUGCGGCGAGCCUGUACGAACAACAUGCUCCCAAGACUGUGCCUUUGGUUGCGAUUGCCCUCCGGGACGCAUACGGACAGCAAGCAAGUCGUACUGUGUCAAGACUAGCAAGUGCACUCCGAUAUGUCCUGCAAACUCGCAUUACACGUCGUGCUUGUCAAAUUGCGCGCCAAAGUGUGGCAAACGACAACCGCCUAACUGCAUCACGCGUUGCCGGAGGGCUGGCUGCGCCUGCAUUGAGGGUUACGCCGAGGCGGAGCAGGGCGGAGUCUUGAUCUGUGUGCCCCAACAAGAGUGCUAUAGAUACGCAUCGACGGUGGCGCCGUCCCCACCUCCGGAAAUAGGUAGCGGCGGCAGUAGCGGGGGCUCAACUGGCACGUCCGGCCAACCCAGCCCACCCACAAUUCGAGUACCACCGCCUGCUGCAACGCCGACCCCACCUCCUGAAAUACGUAUCGUGGGCGGUAGCGGGGGCUCAUUUAGCACGUCCGGCCAGCCCAGCCCACCCACAAUUCCAGUACCACCGCCUGCUGUGAGGCCGUCUCCACCACCGGAAACAAGUAGCGUGGGUGGUAGCUGGGGCUCAAUUGGCACGUUCGGCGCCCACACCCCACCCGCAGUCCCAGUACCAGGCCAGCCCAGGGCACCCACAAAUCUACCACCACCACGUGAGCAUCCGGUUUCCCCAUCAAAUGCUGAAGGAACGUUCCCAUCGGGUCGUCCAUCUCAUGAAAUCAUUGGACAUGGCAACGGCGGUGGGAUUGCUGGGAUACCGCCAUUGAAACCACACCAUGGUACCCCUUCGUCUCUACCAGGUGGACAUUGGAGUAUUCCACCGGGACUAAUGUUCCCACAAAACACGCUGGGCACACCCUCGCGAGUUCCCAUCGCAAACCAAACAGGAGGAGUACCGUCGUUCCCACAAAACCUGCCUUCGCAGUUUCCUACACCAUAUCAGCCAUCCGGUAGCGUCGCAAGUCCGUUUGAAGUGAGAGCAAGUGGUAGUAGCGCACCAUGCAUGCCGUGCAGCAGAUUCACCUAUACUACAAGUGAAGGGCGACCAUGCCGGCCUUGUAAGCAUGCAUCAGCAACGUCCGGCGUGCUUUAUCCCUAGAUGAGUGCAUUUGCCUGCUUCCAAGCGAUCCUAUAGACACGCGUAAAAAUAAAGCGGAUGUCUAUAA